GACAGCGACAUCCCGGAGGUGAGCGGCUCGUCGGCGGCCGUCGGAGCGCCGGAGGUCGCUGUUCACAGCGUCGAUCUGCUUUCGAUUUUAACCUGAAAAAUGGAGACGCACUCACAAGUCCAAGGAGUCAGUACCGGGACCACCAUCCUGGCUGCCACGUUUGAUGGAGGGGUCAUCAUCUGUUCAGACUCCAGAGCCUCCAUUGGAGGAGACUACGUCUCAUCUAAGACCAUCAAUAAGGUGAUCCAGGUUCAUGACCGGAUCUUCUGCUGCAUGGCCGGUUCACUGGCAGACGCUCAGGCCGUCAUCAAGGCUGCAAAGUUCCACCUGAACUUCCACAGUAUCCAGAUGGAGUCUCCACCGCUGGUGAUGGCAGCUGCAUCCGUGCUGAAAGAACUGUGUUACAAAAACAAAGAUGAUCUGCAGGCCGGCUUCAUGACAGCAGGCUGGGACAAGAAAAAAGGACCACAGGUGUACGUGGUAUCUCUAGGAGGCAUGUUAAUCAGUCAACCCGUUACCAUCGGCGGAUCAGGCAGCACUUACAUCUAUGGUUAUGUUGACGCCAAAUACAAACCCAACAUGACCAGAGAGGAAUGCCUGCAAUUUGCAACAAAUGCUCUCGCCCUCGCCAUGGGCAGAGACAAUGUCAGCGGGGGCGUGGCUCACCUGGUGCUGAUCACAAAAGCGGGGGUGGAGCAUGUGGUUGUCCCUGGAGACAAGUUGCCCAAGUUCCAUGACGAGUGAACAACCAAUGGUUGUUGAAGUUUUUUAUGGACUUUUUUCUUCUUUUUUUUUUAGCCCAGGAGCCACAAUUUGAUUUUGAUUUUGAAAUUCCUUUGUGCUACAAAACACAACUGAUGUAAAUGUUUUGUGUUUUUUGUUGACGCUGCAUUCACGUGAACUAUAUUUUCAUAACGUUUAUCAUUAUCACUACAUUUGUCAUUCCUGAUCAUGACCAAAAUCCUUCCUCAUGUCAGUACUAAAUAAGUUAUCUGUUAAUUAGGGGUCAGUUUUUUUGUCCGUAAAUGUGUGCGAGUCCUCAAAAUGAAUUCUGAUUGUUUUAAACCACACAGUAUUUCACACUGGACUGAAAUGGCCCUAAAGCGAUUUUAAAAUUAGCCUAUCCUAAACAAGUUUUAAAGAUUAACAGAUUUAACGUGGACUUGCUUUGAAAAGUUUGAAAAGAGAUACUCGCUUUUGAUGGGACUUUAUGUCCUACAGUUCUACAACAGUGGUAAAAUGUUUUUAAUUUCAUUUGACUCUGCUGCAUUAAAAACGUGCUAAAACCAA